AUGUCGAACCGCGUCAAUCUUGAAUUAGUGGACUCUUACAUCUCUCUUUUGAAUAGGAAUCACAUAUUUCCUCCUCAUAUUAAUAAUCCAAAAGAGCUGGUCCCUGAUGUCACUGGUAACCGAAGGCCGCCUCGUCCACUCAAUUCAUUUUUAAUAUUAAGAAAAAACGUUGCAGAAGAAAUUCGCCGGUUUAUUGACCGUCCUAACAUGCGUGUAAUCAGCAAAGUGAGCUCAGUUUUGUGGUCAGCGUCUACAAAAGAAGAAAAAGACAUUUAUUAUCGUUUGGCGCAAGACGUCAACAAAUUACAUGCUAUCAAAUAUCCAAACUUUCGUUAUACUCUACCAAGAAGGCAACUCUCCUUUCGACCUUAUCCUAAUCCAACUCCUUUGCCCUUGCCAGAGAGUGAAUUUAUACCAAGACCAUCAUCUACACCAACUUUUGUGCCGGUCGGAAUUACGCGUGAGCUGAUGACACCUCCUCCCUCCCCACCAAAUGCGCUUGUACCAUCUGGAGAACUACCCACUGAUUAUAUUCCUGUAAAUCUUUUUGAACCAGAAACCUUUACAAUUAUGGGUUUGGAUGGUAAAUUAUAUCAAUGUGUUCCCGUAAACAUUACUCAAAUGUAUUGA